ACUGUGUUGCCCGCUCAAUUUUUUUCGCCAAACUUAAACUUCCCACCUUUUUUUCUUUUGUUCUGUGAAAGGAAAUAAAGGUGCUCAUCGAAAACGAAACCUCUCUCCUCUCAGACGCCCAACACGGCUCUCUCGCGAAAUUUCCCUCUUCCAAUUGCUAUUCCAAUUCUCUUUUUGGGUUUUUGAUUUUCAUAAUUUUCUACUGGUUAUUGAGCAGCUCAGGUCUAAGUUUUCAAAUACUCUCGAACAUCCCCACACCUCCUUUCUCUAUUUCUGUCUAGCCGACUCAUCACCGUCACAAUCCCCAUAGCAGAUCUACCUUUUCCGAAUCGUGAACGUUUUCUCAGAUCCACGCGAUUUGACUCCCACCCCGUUCGUAGCUCCCUCCGUCACCGCUCACUGGUCAACAAAAUCCAAAGAGCUUGCACAGCUCUCGGUGACCACGGCGAAGCUAGCGCAUUACCGACUCUUCGGGACUCGCUUCCCUCCAUCGCUGCCGUUGGUGGCCAGCUGCUGUAAGAAAGGAAAUUUCAGACUAGACAGAUCGUGAAACUGGCCGCAGCAAAUGAUCUCCAGUGUUCCAAUUCAUCUUAGCAUAUAUUCUCCUAAUGUUAUCAACUUGACACAUCUUGACCUUCCUGGGCUUACAAAAGUUGCUGUUGGAUCAAUGAGGUCUUUUGCUAUACUAGAUGAAUCGAUCACUGGUACAUUCAAACAAUUGAUACCUUGGACAAAAGAAGAGGUCAGUAUGUGCAAUCUUAGUGUGAUAUUUGAUAGGUUGGAUGAAAGCUCAAUGCUAGCUAUUAGUUGAGUGACGAGAAUAAAAGCUCAGCAGAGAAGGGAAGGACAUGGAAACAGAAGCAUAUUGAAAGGAAACCAAAGGCAGUUAUAGUAUAACAAUGAACUUGCUUAAAUUCCUCUGUUGUAGUUAGGUAACUUCAAAUAUGUUUAGGGUUUAGGGAUAUGACUUUAAUUGAUUGAUGUAAUGAGUUUUACUAAUACAUUUCCAGUUGUUACUUUAUAAAUGAAAUUAAUUACAAUGAGGGUAAUAUGAGUAUGAUAUUU